UACUGAUAAUGCAUGACUAACAAAGCACACACACUAUGCAUGGUAUUUCAACAUGAAACCGAAAGGAAGCAAAUAAAAGGGAAAAGGGACAGCAUGUAAAAGCGGGACAGUGUUUCUCGUGAAGGAUUUCGUCACGUGAUGGAUUCAUGUCCUCUCAAUAAGACAGAUUUUACUGCAGCGGCGACCAGACUGAACUGUAGUGUGGAUAAGCAUGGACGGAAUCAGUAUACAUGUGUCCCUAAGUUUGACUUGACGGCAAUAGUAGAGUUCUGCUGCAAUUCUACUGUAGAAAUGUACCCGAAAGGUCAUUGUCUAUGGGCAGUAGGUAAUGGGCACCUGAACUCAAUCAACUGUAGUCAGUUCACGGAGGGCUGUCCAAAGGACCAUUACAGAGGAAAUGAACUGUAUAGAUUUCCAGCUUGCUCUCAAAUCAAUACAGAACAGCGGUGUUUCUAUGCAGACCCCUCUUGCCCGAACGAAACGAGAACCUUUACUACUGAGGAUGGAAAUAUUUCCCCAACAACAUUGAUAAACGCCCUCAAUACAACAACAAAUAUAUCGAGUACACUUACCACGCCUAGAGAACAAGGAUUUGUCGAUGUCGGGGUGAUCAUUGGAAGUGUCCUGUCCGUCGUCAUUGUACUUGGUAUUUUACUAGCUGUCGUAAUCUGGAGAUGUAGAAGGAGAAUAUACUCAAGCCUACCCGCAGUCAUAGUCUGUAGAUGGAGACAAAAGAGAAAACGGAGGAGGAGAUAUUCAAGUGUUCCCGUCAAAGAAAUAGAGUUGGAUGAGAGAAGAUCGAUAGGUGAAGAUCAAGAGUUACCUGAAUAUAGCAGAGAUCCAACAUUGCCUGAAUGGAAAUCAGAUUGCAUAACACAUCGUCUCGGAGAGUACAACAUAUGGAGAACGCCUAUUUCAGAUCAGUUCUCCUCCCUGUCUAAUGACGAGGUGUACGUGUUAUUCUGUUUUCUGUGCUCUGACUUCGGUACUCCAGACUUUACUGAUACAGACUGGCUGGACAUUCUUAAUGAGAUACUAGAGAUGGAUUAUGAGGACAGUGUAACAAGUGAGGAGGCACAGCGGAUCCUGGACGGACUGAAGUCACGUGGAUUUCUUUGGAAUCGGGAUGGAGUAGACAUCACUGAGUACGUCAAGGACGAGACCAUGUACCGUGUUACAGAACCUAGUGUAGAACGUUUUAUAAAACUUAGUGGCAAUAUAUCUGUUACGCUGCCCACCGUGUAUUCUUUAUCCAGUUAUACCACAGCAGUGAGGUAUCUGAGAUUAGAGAGAUACACCAGGAAGUCUAGAGAGAAAUGUGUCAUUAGUAACUACCCACCCUGUGAUACCUUACUCAUACACCGUCUACAGAUGAACGUACUGACCCACGUCACCAUGGAGGACACGGGUAUCUGUAAUGAAGUGUCACGUUACUUGAACAUUCCUCUAAAUAAAGUACGCAUGAGUGAGGGUGAACGAGGAGCGUUUUUAGAAGACUUACAGAAGAUCGGGGAGUGUGUACAAUACAGAGGCGGAUCACAGGGCAGUGUACAACACGUCAAGUGGCUCUGGAGAUACGACGUUAAAGCGAGACCUGACAUCGUGAGAUCCUGUAUAGGUCUCCACCCACACUGGGAUAUUUACAUCAUCAACAACACGGCUUACAGAAAACACAGUCAGUACCACGACUGUCCUCCAGCUGAACGUUGUCUCCUGUACUGUCUUCUAAUGGUGGACGACUACACCGCCAAGGUCAAGGACGAAUCUCACAUCAAGAUGUACAAUGUGAUUAGAGAGCGAUGCUUUACAGAAUUACCUGUUUGUAAGGAAAUUACCGCCGCCAACAACCACGGGGGAAUCAUUCAUGUAGAAAACGACGUAAUCAAGUUUAAAUCAGACGACAUCCUACAUGACGUCAUGUAUGCGUUCGUUACAGAGUGUCUGGUGGAGGAAAGUGACCUGAAGUUUUUCCUGACCACGGCGUCACAUCGCGUGAUAUCAGAAUACUGCCGGUUGUGGGAUUAUGAGAGGAGUGAGGGAGAGAGAUGUCUGUAUAUACCGGAUAGACCGGAUGAAAUGUACGACCUGUUCAUAUACGGAAUGCAGCUGGACAUCCUCAUACACAGCGCCAUGUCAGACAGGGGGAUUCAUCACAGGAUCAGUAAACGUUGUAAGUAUUUAUCACAGAACACCUUAAAGUUUUAUUAG